AUGGAUUUAUUAGUAAAAACACUUAAAAGUAUCAAUUUAGUUCAUUUAAGUUUUUGGAAAUGUAAACUCAACUCACAAAGAUGUAAAUUAUUAGCGGAGAUCCUUUAUACAAAUACUUCCAUAACGGAUUUAUAUUUUGGUUGCAGCCAACUUGAUUCUGAAGGAGAAAAGGCAUUAGCAGAUGCUUUUUGUAAAAAUACCACUUUAGUCUCCUUAGACUUUUAUAAUAAUCAACUUGGAAAAUUAUUGGCAAAAUCACUUAUUAAAAAUGAUACUCUAACUCAUUUAAAACUUGCUUUCAAUAAUCUUGAAUGUGAGGCAGGAAAGUCAUUUGCCGAAGUUCUUUACAAAAAUACUACUCUAAUUUAUUUAAACCUUUAUGGCAAUAGGCUUGGUUUUGAAGGAAUAAAUGCAAUAGCAAAUGCACUCUGUGAAAAUGUUACUUUAACCAUCUUAAAUAUUGGAUAUAAUAAUAUUUGUAGUGAAUCAAUAAAAUCAUUAGCGAAGGCUUUACAUCAAAAUUCUUCUUUGGUAUCUUUGGAUCUCACAUUUAAUCACAUUCAUUCUGACAGUGGAAAAUUAUUAGCUGAAGCUCUUUUCACAAAUACUACUCUAACUUCUUUAGUUCUUUGUUCUAAUAACAUUAAUAACGAAAUUACAAGUGGAAUUAAUAAUUUGCUUGAAAGAAAUAGAAGGUUUCGUUUGAUGAAUAAUUUUUGUCAUUAA